AUGGGAACAGCAACUUUCACAUGCUUUCAAUCUCUCCCACCUCCCGCCCACAACCUGAAAUUACCACCGGUCGCAACCAAACUUCACAUGCAUGACCGUUCCGAGAAGCUUCGACUGUCCUCGAGCGUCGCAGCCCCCACAGCUGCUGAUCAUGACGCCCAAGAGUGCGAGACUGCGCUGAACUUCUGCGGCUCACCUCAUCCUCCAGCGCUUCCGGGGCGUGUUUGCCUUUCGACGUCCUCAAAGACGGUCACCUUAUCCAUCUUGAUACAACGAGUUAUCUUCUUUGGAAGGGUCUUUUUUUUUCCAUAUCUUUCAAGUCCCUUGGCGAGUGGCGCUAUGUUUGUUUGGCUGCUCGAGCUCUUGUGCUGCCUCGCAGUCGCGUUCAUCUACGGAGCCCUCUGCUGGGUCAAGAUACUCAAGGACUGGUUCUAUCCGGUGACGGAGGAGAGGUCCUUGCUACGUAAACUGCACGAUGCGCAAAGUUUCGAGGAAUGGGAACUUGCGGCCGAGGCUCUGGAUAGCUGGCUGAACAAUUCGGAAUGGCGGCUGAAUGAUCAGUCAAGUGGCUACAACUACAAGAUCAUCCACGAGCGCAUUCAUUCCCUGGACGAUGCCCUCGUCAAGGAAGACAUCAACGCCUUGAUCGAGGUGAUCCGGUCCGGCCUUGUCCGGAAUCUAGGCGGCAUUACUAACCCCGAGUUGUACAACCAUUCAUACCAGGGCACCAAGCACCUGAUUGAGAACUACAUACAGCGAAUGGUGGAGGCCAUUGCCGACCUCGGGUCGCUCCCGACGACCCCCAACGACCAGCAGCAGGUGGCCAAGGCCGCGUAUGCCGUCUUUGCCAGCGACGCGCUGGCAAAGAGGGUCAUGGCUUCGAAAGCGCCCCUGAUCACCCAGCAGGAAAAGCUCGACACGACUAAGCAGCUCCGUCAGGCCUUUGGCGUCAGCACGCUCGUGAUGCAGGGGGGUUCUAUCUUUGGCCUCUGCCACCUCGGCGUUGCCAAGGCGCUGUUCCAGUGCGGCCUCCUGCCCCGGAUCAUCACCGGCACCGGUACCGGAGCGCUGAUCGCGGCACUCGUCGGGAUCCAUGCCGACGAGGAUCUGCCGGCCGUGUUCGACGGGGACAGGGAGAAGAUCAACCUCACCGCCUUCUCCGGGCCGGCCCUCCAUCUGGGCUACAACUCACCGCUGAAGCAAAACUUCAGCACGAGGUUUGCCACCCUCAAGCGCCGCGUCUCCCGCUUCUGGCGAGACGGGCACUUUUUGGACAUUCGCGUCCUGGAGCAAUGUGUCCGGGACAACUGUGGUGAUUUGACCUUUGAGGAGGCGUUCAACCUGAGCGGCCGGGUGCUCAACAUCACCGUAGCCACUGGCGACAAGGCGGGCAUCCCGCGUGUCUUCAACUAUAUCUCUACACCCAACGUGUUGGUGUGGACGGCUGCCGUGGCAUCCAACGCCAUCGAUGCUGCUUGGUACGGCGCCAACCAGACGAAGUUGCUCUGCAAGAAUCAAAAGGGUGUAGUGGAGCCCUGGGCCCCGGCCGCAGAGGUCAGGUUCCGCCACUGGACGCAAGCUUCCUACCAAGGGCGCAACUCGCCGCUCCAGCGGCUCAGCGAGUACUUCAAUGUCAACCAUUACAUCAUCAGCCAGGCGCGCCCGUACAUGAUCCCGUUCCUACAGUCGGACAUGCACGGGCCGUCGUCGACGCGGGACCAGACCAUCUGGGGCGGGUGGAAGUACCGGCUGACCAACCUGAAGAACGGGAUCACGGGGUUCUCUGUGCGGUUCGUCAAGCUCAGGAUGACGCAGCUGGACAUGAUGGGGCUCAUGCCGCCGUCGAUCCGCAGGCUGCUGCUGGACGAGACGGUGCCCAAGGAGAGCAUGACGCUGGUCCCGCAGCUGGCGACGUCGGACUUUGCCAGGCUCCUGGACGCGCCCGCGCCCGACACGCUGCAGUACUGGAUCCGGAAGGGGGAGAUGAGCGUGUGGCCGGCCAUCGCGGCGCUCAAGGUCCGCUGCUCGAUCGAGCUCGAGCUCGAGAGCGCCGUCGACCAGGCGCUGGAGACGGAGAGGCGCCGUAAGGAGGUGAUGAAGGAUCUCGCGGCCAGGUCGCCGCCCUCGGAGAGCAACGGGGAGCGGCGACCGCAGGGGGCGGGGGUGGCGCCCAGGACGCCGGUCGCCAAGAGGGACAGGGGCGGCGCCGCCCGGGGCAAGAAGGGCAAGACGUACGUCCCCGCAGGCGCUGGUGGUUGA